GCCAGCACAGCUGAUUUUGAAAAACGCCAUCGGUGCUGAGAGGAUCGAGUCAAUGUCAAUUUAUUCGAGAUCAUCGAAUAGUUAACCUUGAUCAUCAUAAGACCAAGCACAAACACAAUGGCCUGGUUACGCGCUGUGCCGACCAACAAACUUCUCUGACACCCACAGUAGUGCUCGGCGGAUGCAGGAAGGUGGAGGUCGCAUGCUCUUGACUAGCGCACUGUUUAAGCCGAAAACUGCAUCCGAAUCUGCAACGACAUAAGUAGUUCGCUGCGUGCUCGUCAUUCCACUUGUUCAUCUUCUUCACCCACACAUCAAAACCAUCCACAAUGGGGAAGUCUACGGGUGUGGAGAUGAUGGUCGUUACCUUGUCCGACGAGGUGAAGGAGCUGCAAGACAAAAUGGAAGCAGUUCUCGCAAGAUUGGGUGUCUAUGAUGGGGAAUUGAAAAAAACUGUCACGAAGCGGGAAUUCAUUAAGGCCACCUAUGCCGUAGUUCAACAUCUUUCUUAAGCUUAUUAUUCCAUCUUACGAUUACGAAGCAUCUUUGGCCCCUUUUUUACCCUCUGCAAAAUAGGCGAAAGAGGCAUUGUAAAGGGGAAUUGCGGAGAGAACCCUAAGUUCAAGGAGCUAUCAGAUGACGUGGAGGACCACGGUCGGGACAUCGAGAGACUAGUCGAGGAUGUGGCGGUGAAGGCAGCGCAGCAUGCUGUAGACGCGUUGUUAAGUAGGGUCGUGAACAAGAUGUUGUGCGUGUACGAGUUUCAAAGAAAGAUAGACUGCUCUUCACAAUGCUAAUGUAUUCAAAAAAACCUUAUAUUCAGAGCUGCACCGGCGUUGAAAAAUGUUGGCAUUCUUCGAGGCAGGUUGACACCUCCUGUUGCUAAGUGUAUUUAACAAUUUUCCCGCAUAUCGGGUCUUCUAAUCUCCACGGCCAGAAUGAGCAGUUGCGAAGCAGGCCUGCUGGAAAAAGCUGGCGAAGCCGCUUUCUCAAAUCUAGAACAACAAGUUUUAGAGGUUGGCCAGAACCUACGAGCCAAAGCGUCGUCGGAAGCUGUUACUCUCUUGAGCGAAGAACUCCAACAAACCGGGGAGGAUGUAAAACUGAAGGCCAGUUGUGACCAUGUUCUCCACCUACAGCAAACUCUGGAUGAGAAGCUCCAAGACGUGCAGAAGAAGCUUGGUUUCACGCUAGCGAGCAACGUGGACACGGCUGCAAGGUUCGAGAAGGUAGAGGAAGCGAUAAGGAAUUGUGCAGAUAGAUCGAGUUUCGAAAGGAUCAAGAACAAGACCGAGACGUGCGAAAAGCUAGUGGCUGAGAAGUUCUCUUGUCAGGCAGCAGAGAUCCUGAACGAUACAGUGAAAACAUUGCAGCAAGAAGUAGACGCAAAAGCGAGCGACAAAGCAGUGCAGCUCCUGUCACAGAAAUGUAUGGUGCUGGAAUUUUUGACUAUUCGAAAACUCAAAAUAACCGAGUUACUGACUGAAAUAAGGGAGGUAGCUUAACAUCAAGGCUACUCUUCCUUCUCGUCAGUAUCUCGCUUAUUCUGAUCAGUUACUUGCUUAUUUCAGUUUUUCGAAUAAGUAAAAGCAUACUACGUAAAAGGAUGUAGUAGUGAUUGCAUUGCUGUUGCAUGUCUUCUGCAACAAAGGUCAUGGUUUCCUCUUGGCACAUAGAACUUUACUGGGGAUGUAACAUGUACUGUAUGUAUGGUACUGGUGGCUGCUUAUUGUGAGUACUUGUGCUUGUCUACUAGAAGCAAGUCCACAGUAUGGUACUGGUGGCAAGUCCUUUUCUUCACACUACCUUUCUUCAGUUCUCCUUAAGGACUCAAGAAAUACACCAAUUACCUAGUAGUUGACUUCUCCUACUUCUCUGACAACGACCCUUAUCGGCCUGAAUCCUCUAUUCAUGGUACGCAGAAUGCUGCGUCGAUUGCUGCCAAAGCCGGAGAAGACUCCUUCGUAUCCUUACAUUCCCGAGUGAACGCUGUUGAGCUAGAUCUCUACUGGAAAGCCAGUGGAAAGGAGUUUGCUUUGGCCAUGAAACGACUUGAGAGUCUUGAGGCGGAUAUGCAGGACAAAGGAGGCGCAGACGAGCUGAGCUUGAUCAAGCAGCGCUUGGAUAUUCUGGCCAAGGACUGUGCAAACAAAGCGUUCAGUAACGAGGUGCAGACUUUGUCGGACAAGUUGCAAUUCUGCAUGGCGAAGGCGGCUAGUGCAGUUGAAAAAACCGAGAUGGCGAUGCAGCGACAGCGUGUAGGCAUGUUGGAGAAGGAGAUGAGCAGCAGGGCUUACACACACGAAUUGCACGCAUUGCGAGAACAAUGCGAAGCGGUCCGGAAUGGGGUAUCAAGAAUGCAAUUUAUAUAGAUACAUAGAUAGAUAGUUGUCUGUGAGAUCAUAGUCUCUGUAGUUUAUGAUAGAUAAUACAGAGACUAUAGUCUGUGUGUAGUUAUUAUGAUAAGGAUCGAUCGUGAUGAGCUAAGUUUAUAGAAGCACCAAACAUUAAACAAGAGAAGUACUCAGUUAACAGAAAAAAGUCAAAGUCAAAUCUUUCAGCUCGAUGCCUGUGCACGUGCAGACAGCUUACAGCAAUUGGCUGAGAAAAUAGACAUGAAUGCAGAGGCCAUUCUAGCUGAACGAGAGCAGACGACCGAGGACCUUACUGUCUUCAAGCGGGACAUGUUCUCGUUGAGAAAUAAGCUGAAUAGCAAGCCCGACUACAUGAGUCUACCACUCGCUCCGAACCUGUUGAGAGACAGCAAGAAAUUCCAGGGGUUGUGUCGUGGUCUGAGGGGGACGGAAAUGAAUUGGGAUGAAGGUAUUUUCUUUGGCUUCGAAGAUUGUUAGUUAGCGUAGUAGGCCUUAUAUAUAAUAACUUCUUACUUAGUGAUUCCGCGCGAGCCUCUUUUGCCUGGAUUCGUUGGACCUGGACCAUACGAGUGUGAGAGGGAGAGUUGACCUCAAGCACCCUGAAUGUCUAUUCUACAGAUCAUGAUCUGAGGUUUUUAGAAGUGGAUUUGAAGCUCUUUGUACAUUCAUUUAGCGUAGUAUCUAUAAGAAAAGGCCCAGCGGACUACCUAAGUGAAAACUUACUCAUCCACUAUCACCUUCUCUUUCACCUUCUCUCACCUUCCUCUCCAUACACUCAGGUGGCUUCGGCGGGGAUUGGCAUGGCUACAUUUAUCGAAAAGACAAUCCAGGCAAUACCGCUGGUGUCAACGUCAAGUGUUCCGUUCAGGUGAUAGACCUCUCGAAUGCAGCCAAGUUGGCUAACUCGCCGCUGAUGCCGUUUGGUCAGCUAGAUGCAUUCAUAACAGACCAGAAGUGGAGCAAGGUAAUUCGUACUAGUUUAUAGAAGUAGUUGGAUGCUUUCUCUUUCAUAAGCAUAACGGACCAAAACAAGGUACUUCAAUCAACAAUCAACAACAAUUAUCCCGUGGUCUACUCCAGGAUCCAGCCUAUUUUGCGGGUGCUGACGUGUGUUGUGUCAUUUUAGACGUAAGGAUAACCCAAGACGCGGAUGGCAACGGAUCUUUGAAGCUGCUUUGCCAGAAUCGAACUCCGCUCUUUACCUCAUAUGACCGUGGACCGUUUUUUACGCAGGUAUCUAUAAGUGCCUGCUUCUAUUUUAGAUCAACAUGGGAUUGUUGAGGAUUGUUUUUUUUCGCAGGUAGAGUUACUCCACUAGUACAUCAUGAGAUUGUUGAGAUUUGGUUUUUUUUCGCAGGUCUGGUAAUCAAUGGCCGUUCUAGAAGGAACCUAUGAGUAUACAUCUGCACAACUUCUUGUGUCCACUUCACUUCGACUUCAGGGUGUCAUCACACAUCUGUAUUCUUUUGUCCACCUCAUACAUUUCGACUUCAAGGUCUCAGUCUUCUGCAAUGUUUUAGAGUCGGAGGGUGAAACCAGACUGCGAUUAUUCAUGGGUCGUGGAGCUGGCGUCCGCGUGGACGGUACCAGUAAAGGCCUGGGUUGGCGGCAUUAUCACUUAUGGUCGGCUUUUAUUCAACAUCCCACUCAGCAUCUUGACCCCCUUUCCGUUCCCCUGCAUUCCCAUGAAAUACCAGGGGGCUCGCGUAUCAAGAUGGUGGGACCGAGAUGCAUUCUAGCACACGCUAAAGGACGCUUGCCGAGUCGGUUUUGGAGAGGAGGAGAGCAGUACGGCCAGUGGCGUUGGCAGGUUGCGCGUUGCGAUAGCUCUUCCUUACCUCGCCUACGGGUACCAUGGUGGAAUACCAGUAUGGAGUGGCUAUGUCGCAGAUUACUAUGCGCAAGACACAAUCGCACUAACGGCCUCUAGUCGCGCUGGCGGAUCCGGGGGUGGAGCAAAGAAAUAGAAAGUCUAUUCUUGUUAUAGAAUAUAGAAGUCCACACUACAUCUUUACUCCAUAGAAAUACUGACUUUGAAAAGUCCUGGGUAAAUCUCAUUAUUUGCUGAUAGUGAUAAUGGCGAUGGAAAUGGAUUGCCCUGGCUACAGAACGAAAACGUUGUACCUCCGAUAAUACAUUAGAAGAUAUCCUGUAGUUAUGUCCUAGAAACUGCUCGACUACUAGAAGAAGAGCUAUUUUUGACUUGCCUUCGUAUUCGUGCGACCCCCUAGGUUAUGAAGUGACUCUCUGCUAUUAUUUGCGAAACAAGAACCAGAAAAUUCAUGGAAGGAAGAUCGAAAAAAGUAAAAGAAAGCAGGGAAGCUUAGUGAACCACAGUUCCUUGUAGUUAUGUCAGUGCUCAGUGGACGAGACGGAAUCGUUUGGGUUUCGACAGCUUGCGGAAUC